UGUGCGCGCGCGCUCCCACACACAGUUUCUCGCCUAUGCUCGUGCAUAACCAGUAAAUAUCAAGACGAAUGCGAUACUUUGUAUCCGAAAGAUUGUUUAAGGCACAAUGUAUCUCGCGCUUCCGUUUAAAAGGAGCUUUAAACGCCAUCAAAGAAACGCGUAAUUUUCACUUUUAAACAAUGAAAUAGUUUGAAGGUUUUUGUGUCGCUGGAGAAGAUGUGCACCACAAGGGACAUGGAGAUGCGUUUGAUGGAGGAAGGUGUGAACCAUAAAGCAUCCAGUGAUGAGAAAAUGUGUCUGCUGUGGAAACUUCUCAUGAGCAGCGAAGAGACUGUGAGAGCUCUCAAACAACAGAUCCGAGAUCUGCACAAACAACACAACACUGAGAUUGAAAAGGUUCAACAAUACGUUAAAGACAUUAAGAGUCUCACAAAGACACGAGAUUCUGUGGCUUUAGAUCUUGAGCAGGAGAACCAAACACUCCGUGUGACUCUGAAUGACGCCCACCUGCAGCAAGAGACACAGAGGAGCGAGAUCACCGAGAUGUUGCUUCAGGAAGGUCUAGCUGAUAUAAUUCCCAUCAGCCCCAGCGAACAAGUGGCCUAUCUCCUCGCAGACCGAGGCUCCCUGCUGGAGAGAAUACAGAACCGGACUGAUGGCGAUACAAAGUUCAACGGGCAUCCUGAUGGCUGCGAGGAGUCAGUGGCACAGGGGUUUGGAGAAGAUGUGCUCAAGCUUCAAAGCCCCUGGAAGAAGCUUCUGGGAUUCAGAAAAGCAUCUCAGUGUAAACAUAAACUGAUGCCCGCAAUUGAGCUACGGUACACUGAUGACAUCAAGGGUCGGACAGUACAAGAACUCGAAAGAGACGUGGAGGAAGCAUCCGUCCGGCUUUCCAUGGCCCACAAGGAGAUCCGCAGACUGACGGAUGAGCUCGAGUCUGCUCAACUGACCCAAAAGGCUUACGAACCAGAGCUGCAGGAAGCUCAGCUGGAGGUGGAACAUCUCCGGCGGGAAGUGGAGAAACUGAAGCGAUGUGAAUUGGCUGAACUGCGAAAGACUAAAGAAAGAAAUGAGAAACUGGAGGAAGAGUUGUGCCUUUUGGGGGAGACAAAAAGGUUACAGGCGGAGCGUCUACGAUUCCUGGAGCGAGACACAUCUGACUGUGCUGCCAUUACACAAAAACACAAAAAUCCAAGUGAAGAGGUCAUCCAUGAACAGUGUGUUGAAGAGAUGCAGGAGCGUUUGAACAUGCUCAGAGAUCUGACGCAGGUCACGCUGAAGCUCCGGCUGGAGUUUGAGAUGGAAGCGGACCUGAGGAGGAGGACGGAGGAGGAGUGUGAAGAACACAAGAAGAAGAGGACGGAGGCAGAGCGGCUGGCUCAAAACUUCCAGAACCUCUGUGAGAAACAAGCAGAAGAUUACAGGAGCACCGUCGGCAGCAUGCAGGUGGAGAUCAGAAAUCUGGUGAUGAAGUUAAAAAAGUUAGAGACACAUGAAGAGGAAAGACACUGUGAGGAACAUCUGCAGCAGAUCACAUCUCUGGAAGAUGAAGUCUUCCAGCUGAAGUCUGCCCUCCGGGACGAGCAGGAGAAGACCAGACAGCAGUCCACAACCAUGCAGGUAGAAACGAACCAGUCCCGGGAUGUCCAGGAUGCUGAAGGACAGAUGAGACUGACCGAAGAACUCAAGAGCACCAAACGUGAACUGCUCUUGAAGAUGAACACAGUCACACAGCUUCAGAAGAACAUCUCAGACCUGGAGCAGGAACAACUCAAGCUUCAAGAAAACAUAGAAGAUCUAGAAAACAGACGGACUACAGGUGAAAAGAAGACAGAAUCUCUCAAGACAGAACUUCAGCUCGCUCUUAUUACCAUAGACAGCCAGAGAAGUAAAUACAACAACAAACAAAUUCACUACAAAAAUAAGCUGAGCCGAGCUAAAGGGCUGUACCUGAGAGAAACUGCGUGGCGCAGUGAGAAAAUAAAAGAUCUGGAGAAAGACAUUUGCAUCGUGAAGAAGCGGGAAGAAAAGACGACACACAGGAUGAAUAUUGUUUCAUCUGAAAAUGAGGCUUUGCUUCAGAACAAAACAGAUCUUCUGUCUCAGCUGCAUGAUUUGGCAGAAACACGGAAGAACGCUUUGGAUGUAGUUUCUAGCAUGCAGAUGAGAAUGAAUUUGCUUGAGGAAGAAAAUACUCGACUACAGGAAACAGCAGCACAAAUGUGUGAUCACAUUGAAAGCUUGACAACACUGUCGGAGACGGACUGCAGCGAAGUCACCGCUGAGAUUCGUGUGAUAGAGGGCCAAGACCAAACCACGCUCCCAAUAUGAAAACAUACAUUUAUUUUUUGUUUUUUACAUUUGUUUCUUUUGUAAAAUUGUUUGAUUAAAUAUUAUUUAUUUUUUAAAUAGACAAAUUCCCUUAACAUAUUUUACAGUACCUAAGAGUAACAAUAAGGUUGUACUUGCAUUAGUAAAUUCAUUAAAGGGACAGUUCACCCAAAAAUGAAAAUUCUGUCAUUUACUCACCCUCAGAUUGUUCCGAACCUGCAUACAUUUUUUGUUAUGCUAAAUACCAAGGAAGAUAUUUAGAAGAAUGUCAGUAACUAAACAGAUCUCAUUCCCAUUAACUCCCAUAGGUUAUAUGUUCCCUAUUAUGGAAGUAAAUGUAAUUUUCCUUUGUUCUCAGCAGAACAAAAAAAUCCAUACGGGUUGGAACAAUCUGAAGGCGAGUAAUGGUGACAGAAAUUUCAUUUUCGGUGAACUAUCCCUUUAACAAACCAAAAAAAUCCUUCUACAGUAUUUAUUCAUCUAAAAAUAUUUUUUUUAAAUCAAAAGCUGUGCUUGACAUUCACAAAGAUGAUUAAAUGCUGUACAAUUGUAUAGUUUAUUGUUUGUCCUGAUAUUUACUGCGUAUACUAAUGUGAAAAAAAUGCAAGCUUGUCUUCCCCAUCCAAAUAAACACAACCUUUUUCUCAUGCAAGAACACGAUUUUACAACCAGAGAACAAGACAAUAAAAAGGUAAA